GUGUCUAAUUUGUAAUAAAUGUAAUAUAAGUUUGUUUAAUAAUGUUAUUAUAGGUAUAUGUUACAUCUUUUAAUCUGUAUAUUUGAAUUUAUUUCUAAAAAUGUUCUAACAUAAAUUAUUUAUAAACAUUUAUUAAUUUUAAUUUGAACUACUACCAAGGUCGCUAUCGACCGACGUCAGCGAAUUUCUGGGAAAUGUUUGGAAGACACGUCAAAUGUCAACGUCAUUUGUUUAUACGAUUUGUCAUCUUGCUGCUGUUUGAGAUUAUAAUUUAACAUUUUCUUUGCAAAAACAACUUCUCUACUUUAAGAAAAAUGUCGGGUUUUGGCGACAAUUUCGAUCAAGGAGACGUAGACCCCGCGGCGGAAUUUUUAGCCAGGGAACAAGACGAAUUGGCCGGUUUGGAAGAUGAAGUUAAACCUGCAGCAGUUGUUUCGUCCACCCUUGCGAACGGAGACGACCCAAGCAACUCAGCUGGAAGUUUCGAAAUGGUUGAGAAUUUCGAUCAGGAAAUAAAGAAGGAACAGGAUAUCGACUUUGAUAAGAAAGAGACAUAUAAUGAUGUAUUUGGUGUAGACAGUGUACAAGAGUACCAAGAUUUUGGUAGUGGAAUAUCACCACCAGUGUCACUUCACCAGCCUAGAGAGGAACCUGAAACUAUCAAAAAAUGGCGUGAAGAACAGGUUAAAAGAUUAGAAGAAAAAGAUAGAGAAGAAGAGAAGAAAAAAGAAGAACUGAGAGAGAUAGCUAAGAAAGAACUGGAGGAUUGGUACAAGAAUCACGAGGAAAUAAUUGCAAAAACUAAAGCAGCCAAUAGGGACGCAGCAAAAAAUGCGGAGAAACAGUUUGUAGCCGAAGACGACGAGAUCCAACCUGGAACGGAGUGGGAAAGAAUCGCCAAACUUUGCGAUUUCAACCCGAAAGCUAAACCUGGCAGCAAAGACGUUUCGCGCAUGCGUUCUCUCAUUCUUCAGAUGAAGCAGAAUCCUGUCCAAAUCAAAAACAAGGCUUAGAACAAGAAUCGUACUAACAUUAAUAGAUAAAUUGGAUUAAAGUAAUUAUUUAUACAAAUGGAAGAUGUUAUGAAAAAGGUUCAGAAGAUAAGC